AUGAUCGUUUCGGAAAUGCUCCCAGAAUUGCUGUUUUCGGUUGGAGGAGGUAUGCAAGACUUCUCCAAGGAUGAUCUAGGACUACUAGGCUCGGGUGUUGUAAGCGGCGACAAGGACCUUCUUGGGCAUCCGCAUUCACAGCAGUCACACGAUCAGCAUCACCACACUGGAAGCCAGCCUAUUCAUCUCCAUCCGUCCGGAAGUGGAAGUGUGGGACUCGUGAGUGGUAUCGAUGAAAUAAAAUUAACCCACAUACCGGACCUUCUGGAGCCGGCGGAUGGCAGCAAGUUGGAAGACUCGGAACGUGAUCUCUACCCUUGGCACACCGGAACCAACAUCGGGAGUAGAUUUCUGCGCAGCUCUGAUGAUCCGCUGAUCUCCGGUGGUACCAACGACAAUCCGCACGAUAAUGAACUUAGUGUGCCCACGGUCAGCCAGUCCAUGUGUCCGUCGCCAACAACACCACCACCGAAGCACCGUCACCCGAGCGUCGUCCUGUCACCGGAGCUACGUGAAACGACACUGUCGCCCUUGCCGACGCCACCGAAGGCUAACGCCACCAUCCAACAGCAGCAGAAACGUACGAACGGUGGGGCGGCACCUAGGGCGCGCCGAAAGGGACCGCUCAAGCUGCGCUUCCAUCACCAGGCACUGCCGCAGGAGUACCUCGACCACUAUGAGGCAACGCAGAACAGUCUGCAGCGCAAAGAAUCAGCCCAGCACAGUCAAUCGAGUCGUCCGGCCCGACAGAAUAAGCAGCAGACGGCCCAGCAAACAAGGAAGGCCAUGAUGGAGCGUCAGGCUGCCCAGGAACGAGAGGAGCGAGCGAACGAAUCUGUGCGCAGCUGGCUGCAGAAGAUCCUGGAGCUGCAGAAGGAGGGCGUUUCGCUGGCUCCACUCAAGGACGAACCGGCCCAAAUGGUGCAAUCGCCUUCACAAGCUACUCCUCCGGGUGUGGCCGACAGCGGUGUCACCAAUCAGAGCGGAUCUCCACCGAAACGUGUGGUCAACUACACCGAUCUGCCGUACAUGGGCGAGAUUACGUUGGAUAACUCCAAACCACGGCGCGGCCGCAAACCGAAGAAAGCCGAUAUAUGCCAUUUGAUCUACAAGAACUACGGAACGAUCCUCCCCGGCACUCCUAACCGAGAGCUGGGGCCGGAAAAGUCGGGUGCGAUCACGAAGGGGUGCUCCAAAUCCGUCGCAAGCCUACUCGAACGACGCCUGACGUCGUGCGAUGAGAGGAAAAGCAAACCGAGCGGAGAAUCGGAACCAUCCGAACCGAAGGACGAUAGCCCGGUCAAAGGUCGGCGAAAGGAGGAACCGUUGAAUCUGUGUGUGCGCGAUUCGGGUGGGAGUGUGAGCAAUGGCGUUCUCGGAGGUGAAUCGUUUAGUCUUUCGAGUUCGGAAGAGGAUCCGGACGAGGUGUUUGCCUCGUCCUGCCCAACACCAAUUAUUACCGCAUCGGAUAUCUGCACCGACCAGGCACUGGCGGCAAAUAUGAAGUUGUCUCUCCCGACGUUACAAUCUUCGUCGGGAAGCACAACAGAGACUCCGUCCACAGCCGAUACUCCCCCGGGGUGUAUGUACUGGUCAACGAACCCGGCAAGCAGUAGUCUCUUUGCCCAUCCCAUCUCAAUGUACUAUCCAGUAGCAGCGGCAUCUGGAGAAGAUUCAAGCAAAACUUCCGACGAGCAAGUUCGUCCUGGGCGAAGUGGCCGUGUGGGAGCACCUUCAUCGACCGCCUCGUCUCCACCGAUAUCUCCGAGUGGGUUGAAAGCUGAACAACAACAUCCGAUGCUGGUUCCGAAGCAUAUUUCGCAGUUGAUGAAAAACGACAAGCAAUCCGGCCCAAGCAGCGGCAAUCAACGGUCUCCUCCGGCGCAGAAACGUAAGCGAUCGGCCAUUUUCAUACCACCGGUCCCGGCAGAGAACAGCUCCAAUCCGGCCACGGAGGUGAGCAUCUGCAAGUUCAAAUUCACCGGUGGAGCCAAACCGUGCCUGCAGGAGAAGAAAAUACUGAGCGUCGAUUCGGGCGGCAACUUUCGGUACUACUCUGGCACGGGUGACAAAUCGAUGCGUGGCUAUGAGUUCUUCCCACGAGAAAGCCUUCAGCAGAGCAGCAUCAACGCCACCAGCACGACCGGUGCGUUCCUUAAUGCGUCCGGUGAGCGCAUUUCGUGCGAUCUGCCACCACCGUCGCUUGGACUGAGCAACGAUUUGUUGCAAAUUCCGGAAUUUCCAACGUCACCGCAACCGCCAGGUCCGGCAGGAUCGCUCGCGGGCGAUCCGACGUCACCGUCACCCUCCACCGGCAGCCCCUCGAUUCGACUGCACCCGAACACUGCGGCCUCCGAGCGGCGUCGACGGAAGAGCCGCCGGGCGACGCAGCGCGAAUCGCUGGAGAAAACUUUCAAAGAGAAGGGCUUUCUCAUCCAGACGCAGCAGCUACAAUCGGCCGAAGGUGCGACCUACUGUAAAUUCCGACAAUUACGCAAAUUUACCCGCUAUCUCUUCCGAAGCUGGAAAGACUAUCUCCCGGGCGAGCUACAGCAGGAGCAGCAGCACGCUCCACUACAGGAUGGGGAACUGCCCGGUAUGAUACUGCCACCGAUCGUCACGUCGACACGUGACACACCGCCUCAGGUGCACUGCGUGGACGAGGGAUCAUCUCUGUUGCGCACUUCAUCCACGCGCAGCAGCAUGCAAAUGGAAACGGUCGACAUCUGCGAGUCGCCCCAUCACCGAAGCACUCCGCCGAUCGUAACGACGCACCAUCGGUUGAGGCGAAGCCGGCGUACAUCGACGGCAAGUGCCACCUCACAGCACGUCCAUUCCGAAACGUUAGUGAUCGAUGCGUCCUAUCACAAGCGAAGCGGUAGUUUAUCGCCUGUUGUCGACUAA